CAAAGGAAGGAAGUAACUUACUUCCAUCAGGCAGGCAGAAAGCCGAGCCUAGUUACCCAAAGCGAAACAAGCAAGAAGAUGGUUGCUAUCUCUGGCGAAAGAACAAUCACAAGGGGUUUGAAUUUGGAAAUGAAGGGACAACAGUGAGAUUUUAUUUUCCUCUCCAGACUGGGCACCACAGACAGAGAUUCAGAAGAACUGAUUCUGGACUUGCUCUGUUUAUCGGCAAUCGUCAGACUUCAGCAUGGUCACCUCUCCGCUGCUGGCUUUUGUGGCAGUUUCAGUUUUCUGUGUCUUAAAAGUCAGCUCCCGGGAUACAUUUAUUGCAGCUGUUUAUGAACACGCAGUGAUAUUGCCUAAUGCUAGCCUGAUACCAGUGUCCCGUGAAGAGGCAUUGGCAUUAAUGAACCGAAAUCUGGAUCUUUUGGAGGCAGCAAUCACUUCAGCAGCAAACCAGGGUGCACAUAUUAUUGUGACUCCAGAAGAUGGUAUUUAUGGCUGGAACUUUACCAGGGAAACUAUCUACCCAUACCUGGAGGAUAUCCCAGACCCUGGAGUGAACUGGAUCCCUUGUAAUAAUCCCAAAAGGUUUGGCUACACCCCAGUGCAAGAAAGACUCAGCUGCCUGGCCAAGGACAACUCUAUCUACGUUGUGGCAAAUAUUGGGGACAAGAAGCCAUGCAAUGCCAGUGACCCUCAGUGUCCCCCCGAUGGUCGUUACCAGUACAACACCGAUGUGGUGUUUGAUUCUCAGGGAAAACUGGUGGCACGCUAUCAUAAGCACAACCUUUUCAUGGGUGAAAAUCAAUUCAAUGUACCCAAGAAGCCUGAGGUUGUGACUUUUGACACCAUCUUUGGAAGAUUUGGCAUUUUCACGUGCUUCGAUAUACUCUUCUAUGAUCCUGCUGUUACUCUGGUGAAAGAUUUCCAUGUCGAUACCAUAGUCUUCCCAACAGCAUGGAUGAAUGUUUUGCCACAUUUGUCAGCUAUUCAGUUCCACUCAGCUUGGGCAAUGGGCAUGGGGGUCAACUUCCUUGCAUCCAAUAUACAUCACCCCUCAAAGAGAAUGACAGGAAGUGGCAUCUAUGCACCUGAUUCUCCAAGAGCAUUUCAUUAUGAUAUGAAGACAAAGGAGGGAAAACUCCUUCUCUCACAACUGGAUUCUCACUCACACAGCCCUGUAGUGAAUUGGGCUUCUUAUGCCAGUAGUAUAAAGGCAUUCUCAACAGGAAAUCAGGAAUUUAAGGGUACUGCCUUUUUUGAUGAAUUCACCUUCUUGGAGCUCACAAGAGUCACAGGAAAUUACACAGUUUGUCAGAAAAAACUCUGCUGUCAUCUAAGCUACAAGAUGUCUGAAAAGAGAAGAGAUGAAGUUUACGCCCUGGGGGCAUUUGAUGGACUACAUAUUGUCGAAGGGACGUAUUAUUUACAGAUUUGUACCCUGCUGAAAUGUAAAACAACAAACUUAAACAUUUGUGGUGGUGCAGUUGAAACAGCUUCUACCAGGUUUGAAAUGUUUUCCCUCAGUGGCACUUUUGGAACUCAGUAUGUCUUCCCUGAGGUGUUGCUAAGUGAAAGUCAGCUUGCACCUGGAGAAUUUCAGGUGUCGAGUGAUGGACGCUUGUUCAGCGUGAAGCCGCCAUCUGGACCUCUCUUGACCGUGACUCUAUUUGGGAGAAUGUAUGAGAAGGACCAGACAUUAAAGGCUUCAUCAGACCCCCAGGCACAAACACUGGGAAUAAUGCUCUUAGUCAUAAUGCCAGUUGUGUGCUCAUUAAGUUGGUAGAAUAUUUCCAUUUGCUCUCUUUUACUUUGUGUAAUUAAAAAAAUGAUGGAUGAGAAAAGAAGGAUGAAGAUCAUAACAGUGAUCACGGUCUCUUGUACAAAUGAUUAGAAAUAUAUAUACAUAUAUAGCUCACUAUUUUUACAUACACACACACACACACACACACCCCAGAUAAUAGAAGCCAGAUAAACAGUGACACAAUUUUGAAAGGUAAAAUCUAUAAAAUGAGGGUAACAGUUUUACCCACAUUUUAGGUUGUUUUUUUUUUUUUUGGUGAAAAUUAAAUAAUUGAAUGCAUUUAAAGUCCUUAGACAAGUUUCUGGAUCAUGGAAAGUACUGUAUAUGUGCUAGCUAUUAACAAUGUGUAUGACUGUCACAAUAAAACCAUGUGUGAUAUA